CUGUGUCGUCCUUCUCCCAAAGCACUGACGGAGUUGUCCAUCAGGUGGUGCUAAAGCUCCUCCUCUUCCUUCUCCUGCUUUGUUUGCUGCUGCUUGCCAAGCCUUCAUUGUGGGCUUGCAGCUUCAUGCGUGCUCCAGCUCGCAUCAGACGCUACUCAGAGGCCAUGACGUUGCCCGACUCUUUCAUCCAGCGCCAGCAGCUGGACGCCAGCAUGGCCGACACCUUCCUGGAGCAUCUGUGCCUGCUGGACAUCGACCAGGAGCCCAUCACGGCACGCAACACCAGCGUCGUCUGCACCAUCGGUCCUGCUUCGCGAUCCAUUCCCAAACUCCAGGAGAUGAUCAAAGCCGGAAUGAACAUCGCACGUUUGAAUUUCUCCCACGGUUCACACGAGUACCACGGGGAAACCAUCAAAAACAUCCGCGAGGCUGUGGAGACGAUAACCUCUGACCCCUUGUACUAUCGACCUGUGGCCAUCGCCUUGGAUACAAAAGGACCAGAGAUCCGUACGGGAUUAGUGAAAGGGAAAGUGGAGGGAGAGGUGCAGCUGGAAAAGGGCAGCCACGUCCGCGUGGCGACAGCAGAGUGUGACAAAGACAGCACAGACGGGAAGACCAUCUGGGUGGACUAUCCCAGUCUGCCUCGGGUGCUGAAGAAGGGAGGCAAGAUGUACAUCGAUGACGGCCUCAUUGGACUCAAAGUUCUGGAAACAGGUCCAGACUGGGUGGACGCGGUGGUGGAGGCCGGCGGCGUGCUGUGCAGCCGUAAAGGCGUCAACCUGCCCGGCUGCGACCUGCUCGGCCUUCAGGCGGUCAGCGAGCGAGACGAGGCCGACCUGAGGUUCGGGGUGGCGCAGGGUGUGGACAUGGUGUUUGCCAGCUUCAUCCGCUCGGCCCAGGACGUCAGGGAUGUACGACGGGCCCUGGGGGCCCACGGGAGGGAAAUCAAGGUGAUCAGCAAGGUGGAAAGUCGGCAAGGAGUCCAGAAUUUUGAGGAGAUCUUGGCUGAGAGUGACGGAGUGAUGGUUGCCAGGGGCGACCUGGGCAUUGAGAUCCCGGCGGAGAAAGUCUUCAUCGCCCAGAAGAUGAUGAUUGGCCGCUGCAACUCUGCUGGCAAGCCUGUCAUCUGUGCCACACAGAUGCUGGAGAGCAUGGUGUCCCACCCUCGGCCGACCAGAGCAGAGGGCAGUGAUGUCGCCAACGCCGUGUUGGAUGGAGCCGACUGUGUUAUGCUAUCCAGCGAGACCGCCAAGGGCCUAUUUCCUGUGGAGGCAGUAGCAAUGAUGCACUCGAUCUGCAGGGAGGCAGAGGCGGCCAUUUUCCACCAGCAGCUAUUUGAGGAGUUGCGGCGCCUGACUCCUCUGUCCUCAGACCCCACAGAGGUCACGGCCGUCGGGGCCGUCGAGUCGUCCUUCAAGUCCUGCGCUGGAGCCAUUAUAGUCCUCACCACCAGCGGCAGGUCGGCACACCUCCUGUCCAGAUAUCGACCCCGCUGUCCUAUCAUUGCAGUCACCAGGAGCCCGCAGGUGGCGCGUCAGUCCCAGCUGCGACGAGGGGUCUUUCCCGUCCUCUUCCACCCUCUGCCUGCCCCCGUCUGGGCCGACGAUGUUGACAACCGUGUCAACUUCGGCAUGGAUAUAGGGAAGGCGAGAGGAUUCCUCAAAACAGGGGACAUGGUGAUAGUGGUGACAGGCUGGAUCCCUGGGUCAGGUCACACCAACAUCAUGAGAGCAGUCAACGUUCAGUAAUGCUGCAAUGACUCACCGCUACUCCAUCAGCUUAUCAGCGAAAGCGGGGUGACAUGACACAACUUGAUAAAGCUUUCCACACCUGUGUCACAUGUUAAACACCACAGCGGGUUUCUAACAUUCCCUAUGGGGGCCGCCUCUCAUGUUUCAAAAGCAAUGACUCCUUAUUAAUAAAACUUGAACUAUUCAUGAAGUAUUCUGCUGUCUUGUGCGUGAUCAGAAUGAAGUGUGUGGGGUUUAGACGUGUCCUGAGAUAAAAAUGAAUACAGCCUCUGCAUAUCUUUAUUGAGUCUGGCCUUCAUUCCAGUCACAGUCUUCAUCUCCGCUGCUGCCAUUCUUUGUUUUAUGAGCACAGAUAUGAGAGAGAGGUGAGGACGCCCGUGGCCUUUUGUCUAUUGAGAUGACCCAGAUGCCACGUCUGCACACGGUUCCUUCAUGAAGUCAUGACAUAGACCUUCAUAGGUCUUUGGAGGGCCUUCAUGAACAUAUUUAUGUAUCAGUCAGUCAGUGUGUGUUUGUUAGCACCAUCCAGUACACUUCAGAGUCGUAUUGUUUCUCGGCCUGUCAAAUGAUUAAAAAUUUGCUGAAA